ACGACGAGGAAAGCAAAUCGAAGCAUGGCAUCUCCUCUCGACCUUCGCAAUUAACCGAACGAGGAGAAGAAGAAAAAGAAAAAACUCCCAAAUCUCCUUCAAUUCAUCCUCACUCCCAACCUAGGGUUUUUAACGUACGACCAGCCUCCUCUUAACCUACACUACCCCCACCUUAACCUACGCCACCCCGCCGUUCUCCUUCCUUCCUGUUAGGUCCACUGAAUUCUCGCAAAUGGGAAUGAAGAGCCGCAAUGCAGGUCGACGAGGCGACCGAUUGUAGCGUUUUCUGCACAAUUCGGUCCGUUACAAGAUGUCUCGGCAUUCGGCUACGGCGCAUUUCCACAAGUCGAAGACGCUAGAUAAUAAAUAUAUGCUUGGAGAUGAGAUCGGGAAGGGAGCUUACGGCCGUGUCUAUAAAGGCUUGGAUUUGGAGAAUGGAGAUUUUGUCGCGAUUAAACAGGUCUCGUUGGAAAAUAUAGCUCAGGAGGAUCUCAACAUUAUCAUGCAAGAGAUUGAUCUCCUAAAGAAUUUGAACCAUAAGAACAUUGUGAAAUAUCUUGGAUCCCUGAAGACAAAGACUCACUUGCACAUAAUUCUUGAGUAUGUGGAAAAUGGCUCACUUGCUAAUAUUAUCAAGCCAACCAAAUUUGGGCCUUUCCCCGAACAAUUGGUGGCAUUUUAUAUUGCUCAGGUUUUGGAGGGUUUGGUCUAUCUACAUGAACAAGGUGUAAUUCAUCGAGAUAUCAAGGGUGCAAACAUAUUGACAACAAAAGAGGGUCUUGUCAAACUCGCUGAUUUUGGAGUUGCAACAAAACUAACUGAAGCAGAUGUUAACACAUAUUCUGUUGUUGGAACUCCAUAUUGGAUGGCCCCUGAGGUGAUUGAGAUGUCUGGUGUCUGUGCUGCAUCAGAUAUUUGGAGUGUUGGCUGCACUGUGAUUGAGCUUCUCACGUGCGUGCCUCCUUAUUAUGACCUCCAGCCUAUGCCAGCCCUCUUCCGGAUUGUUCAGGAUGAGCAUCCUCCCUUACCUGAUGGCAUAUCAUCUGGCAUGACAGAUUUUUUAUGUCAGUGUUUCAAGAAGGAUGCAAUGCAGAGACCAGAUGCAAGGACGUUACUGUUGCAUCCUUGGAUACAAAAUUGCAGGCCUGCUUUGCAAUCCUCUCUCCGCCAAACGGGUGUAAGGAAUAGUCAGGAAGAUGUUUCAAUGCCCACAGAAAGCUCAAAUGCGGAUGAUCAGAGCAAUGGUGAAAGCCCUUCUGGGGAGAAAGCAAAGAGAGAUGCCUCUGAGUUCGAACCAGAAGCCUCUAAGAAAGAGUUAUUAUCAACAGAAGCUUUUGAUAUGGGCAGAUCUGAUAAGGACCAGAAUAUAAAGGUUAAUGUUGUUCAGGAAAACUAUGCUAACUCAAGUUCCAAAAAUCCAAAAGGUGAUGCGUUUGUUGACCAAGAUCACACCUUAGCUUCCCAUGAAAAGUGGUCCAUAAAAUCAAUUUCUGGUAGGCAGUCAUCUGCUAGAGAAGAGGCUCAUAGCAAUCCACCAGAAUCUCAAGAGCUAUCAAAUGUGAUAGAUCUAGAUAAUGUGGUGUUGAAUGGGGAGUUGGACACUCCGAAGUCAAGAAAGAAAAACAUUAUAGCCGGAGAAAAUGAAGGAAAGUGGGGUUCUGUUCUUGGCGAAAGUAAUUUACUUGGCCCUCGGUUGAGGGUUCACGAAGCUAGUCCUCAAAAGGCUGCGAAACCAUCAGUUGUUUCUGGAAAUCAUGAUAUCAGUAGAUUCAGUGACACGCCGGGAGAUGCAUCCCUGGAGGAUAUAUUUCAGCCAUUGUACAGAAUUCAGGAGGAUCGAGCAGCUGAAGCUUCUACAUCCGCUUCUUCUUCCCACAUGAAUCAAAGCAAUGCAGUUCCACAUGAUGCUAAGAAUGACCUGGCAACAAAACUUAAGGAUAGGAUGGCUCAGAAACGAACAGAAAAUGAAGCAGGGCAGAGAAAUGGGGGUGACCUGUUGCGACUUAUGAUGGGCGUUCUGAAGGACGAUGUGAUCGAUAUUAACACUUUGCAGGUUUUUGAUGAAAAGUUGACCGGAGAAAACCUUUUCCCUCUACAGGCUGUCGAGUUCAGCAAAUUGGUUGGAUCUCUGAAGCCAGAAGAAUCAGAAGAUGUGAUUGUGUCAUCUUGUCAGAAGCUUAUUGCUUUCUUCCAGGAACGCCCAGAGCAGAAAAUCGUAUUUGUCACCCAACAUGGUUUGCUCCCUCUAAUGGAACUGCUUGAAGUUCCUAAACAUCGUGUUAUAUGUUCUGUGCUCCAAAUUAUCAAUCAGAUAGUCAAAGAUAACACUGAUUUUCAAGAAAAUGCAUGUCUUAUUGGCCUCAUUCCAGUUGUGAUGAACUUUGCAGUUCCUGAUCGUCCACGGGAAGUUCGUAUGCAGGCAGCUUAUUUUUUCCAGCAGCUUUGCCAGUCCAGCUCCUUGACGUUGCAAAUGUUCAUCGCUUGCCGUGGAAUACCUGUUUUGGUGGGCUUCCUAGAGCCUGAUUAUGCAAAGUACAGGGAAAUGGUACAUCUUGCUAUUGAUGGCAUGUGGCAGAUUUUUAAGCUCCAGCGGUCCACACCAAGAAAUGAUUUUUGUCGUAUUGCUGCAAAGAAUGGAAUACUUAUUAGGCUAGUGAACACCCUUCACAGUUUGAAUGAGGCAGCUCGACUUGCUUCUUUAUCUGGUGGUGGAUCUGCUCCAGCAGAUGGUUCAGCUCUUCGUCCACGAUCUGGUCCGCUCGAUCCUAGCCGAACUGCUUUGUUAGCGCAGAGUGAAACACCUCUUUCCUCAUCUGGACAACUUGAUCCCUCCAAGGUUAUGCUUGGAGUUGGUGAUCAUCCGUUGCCGGUGGGUACUGUAGAAACAUCAUGUGCUUCGGCUUCCCAUCCCCAAAGGUUAGAUGUAAACCAACCAGACUCCAGGUACUUUCCAGGAGAGAUGGAUAAAUCUCAUCCAUCACAUAGUCUAUUGGAAGCCUCAAUAGCUGUCAAGUUGCCAGAAUCUGCAAGUGCAGAAGAUGUUGGGAAUUCAACAGCGAAAGAACCUUCAGCUGUUACCUCUAAAGACGGGGAACAUUUGGAUUUGCGGAAGCCUGAUUCUUCCCGAGCAGAAAUUGACCUACAUAGGCCACAGCGAACCGCAAAUUCUGCUAAUAGAGGUCCUUCUGACAAGCCUCUGAAACAGAUAGAGCUGGCAUCAAAUGGUGCUAGUACAUUGGGUUUUCAGCAUGAUCAGGUCCGUCCACUCCUGAGCUUGUUGGAAAAGGAACCUCCUUCUCGACAUGUCUCUGGUCAGCUUGAGUAUGUACGCCACCUCUCUGGAUUGGAGAGGCAUGAAAGUAUAGUGCCACUUUUACAUGGAUCCACAGAAAGGAAAACCAAUGGUGAACUUGAUUUCCUGAUGGCAGAGUUUGCAGAGGUAUCUAGACAUGGAAGAGAAAAUGGAAAUUUAGAUUCUAGUCCAAGGAUUUCACAUAAAACAGCAAAUAAGAAGAUUGGAGCGCCUGGCAUGGUGUCAACAACUUAUAAUGAUGGUGCGGCUUCAACAUCUGGAAUUGCAUCUCAGACAGCAUCGGGAGUUCUAUCAGGCUCUGGUGUUCUAAAUGCAAGACCAGGAAGUACAACAUCAUCAGGGCUACUUUCACACAUGGUGGCAACCAUGAAUGCUGAUGUAGCAAGGGAAUAUCUUGAGAAGGUGGCGGACCUUUUACUAGAGUUUGCCCGGGCGGACACAACAGUAAAAUCGUACAUGUGUAGCCAGAGCUUGCUCAGUCGUCUCUUCCAGAUGUUCAAUAAGAUUGAGUCUCCUAUUCUUCUGAAGAUUCUGAAGUGCAUCAAUCAUUUGUCAACUGACCCAAACUGUUUAGAAAAUCUUCAGCGUGCUGAUGCAAUCAAGCAUUUGAUUCCAAAUCUUGAACUCCGUGAAGAGCCUCUUAUCUCUCAAAUACAUACUGAAGUCCUCAACGCACUGUACAACCUUUGCAAGAUAAACAAGAGAAGACAGGAGCAAGCAGCUGAAAAUGGAAUUAUUCCGCACUUGAUGCACUUGAUCAUGUCGGAUUCACCACUGAAACAGUAUGCAUUGCCUCUACUAUGUGAUAUGGCCCAUGCAUCCCGUAACUCAAGGGAACAAUUAAGGGUGCAUGGAGGGUUGGAUGUGUACUUGAGCCUUUUGGAUGAUGAAAUUUGGUCAGUGACUGCAUUGGAUUCUCUCGCUAUCUGCUUAGCACAUGAUAAUGACCACAGGAAAGUGGAACAAGCGCUGCUGAAAAAGGAAGCGGUGCAGAAGUUGGUGAAGUUCUUCCAGUGCUGUCCAGCACAAUACUUUGUGCACAUAUUGGAGCCCUUCUUGAAGAUCAUUACGAAAUCAUCUCGAAUAAACACUACAUUGGCUGUUAAUGGUCUGACAGCAUUGCUCAUUGCAAGACUUGACCAUCAAGAUGCUAUUGCUCGUCUCAACCUGCUUAAAUUAAUUAAGGCUGUCUAUGAGCACCACCCUCGACCAAAGCAGCUCAUAGUGGAGAAUGAUCUUCCUCAGAAGCUUCAGAAUCUGAUUGAGGAGCGCAGAGAUGGUCAGCGCUCUGGAGGCCAAGUCUUGGUGAAACAGAUGGCAACAGCACUACUCAAAGCGCUCCAUAUCAACACCGUUCUGUAAAUUCAGGUCCCUCAUUUGUAUAUUUUUGUCUCUCUGAAAACUGUAAUUAUGGUUUGCCUUUUCUUUCUUUUUCCUCCUUUUCUUUUUCAAAAAUUCAGUGUUUUCUUUCUCUUUUGGUGUUGUAAUUGGGAGGAACAUUAUAUAAUGCCUGUUCCUUUCCCUGAUUGUUGGCUGUUUGUUACCUUGCCUUUUUUGCUAGAAAUCUCGCAACUCGGAUUUGCCGAGAACCCAGAUGUCUUCUUCUUCGAAAACAUGGUUUUGUCAUGUAUAUUUGAUUUCAAAAUGAGCUUUUAUUCUCCUC